AUGUACGCCCGUUACGUCCCCUCGAAGAAGAACCAGGAGGCUCCGAAGCCUGCCGAGCCGUCACCUCCGUCGCCAACUCCACCGGCCCCCGCGCCGUCCUCGAUCCCGACCGACGACGGGCUCGUGACCGGAGGUUCGACCGCCAGUCCCUAUGCGAGAUUCGUUCCCUCAAAGAGCUCGAAGCCCCGUAGUUCCCUCUCCAAUGUAACCACGGCAAACGCCCACGACAGCCUGUCCCCGGCGACCAAGCGCAAGCAUCAGGUCUCGGUCGAGGCCGAGGAAGAGGCACCGACAAAGAAGAAGAAGUCCAGGAGGUCCGGGGAUGGUGUUGGAUCGGACGAGGAUGCAGCCACGCCCAAGAAAUCCAAGAAGGAGAAGAAGAUCAAGACCUCUGGGCAGGACUCUGCGCCUGUAGAUGACGCCGACGCGAUGGACACUCGCGACGAUGAACCUCGGGCCACGGAACCACAAGAGACGGGAGCGGAGGAGAACAAGAUGCAGAAGAAGAAGAAGAAGAAGCGUGCGUCAGACGCCGCCAAUUCCGAUACCAUAGCCGAGGAAAACGACGCACCAACCAAGAAGGAUAAGUCGAAAAAGAAAAAGAAGAACCGCGACGACGCCGGAGACGAAGAAGAAGAACAAGAACAAGACAAGGUCGAUGUGCGGCACAAAACCGUCUUGGCCAAGGCCACCAAGUACCUCAAGAAGUCGGCGGAAGCGGCCCAGGCCGGCGCCCCCGAGAAGAUGGACGUCGACGACGCAGAACAGGUGGAAGAAGAACACGGCCUCGAACCCCUGCCGCAGCCCGAGCCCGCCCCCCUCGACGCCUCGAAACCCUCCUACGAGACCCUGCCACACUGGCUCGCCGCCCCAAUCCGCGUCGCCCCCGACACCCGGACGCCCUUCGUCGACAUCGGCAUCAACCCGAAGGCCGCCCAGAUCCUCGAGGCCCGCGGUUUCCGCGACGCUUUCGCCGUCCAGACCGCCGCCGUGCCCCUGCUCCUCCCGUCCUGCAAGCACCGCCAGGGCGACCUCCUGGUCGCCGCCGCCACCGGCUCCGGAAAGACGCUGGCCUAUGCGCUCCCCAUCGUGCGCGAUCUCAGCCAGAGCGCCGUCACGAGGCUGCGCGCCCUCGUCGUCCUGCCGACGCGUGAGCUGGUGAAGCAGGCGCAGGAGGUGUUUGAGCUCUGCGCCGGCGCCUUCGACGGCCGCGACCAGAAGAGGGUGCGCGUCGGCGUCUCCGUCGGAAGUCAGCAGUUGAGGCACGAGCAGGCCGCCCUGGUCGAGAGGAACGAGAGAUACGACCCCGAGGCCUAUCGCGCGGCUCACCAGCGGGAACUCGACGCGUGGAAGGAGGUCGAGGAGUCGACGGCCGACGCCGAUGACGACGCGGCGGUCGCGAGCUCUCUGCCGGACCACGUCGUGAACUACGCGUCCAGGGUCGACGUCCUCAUCUGCACCCCCGGCAGGCUUGUCGAGCACAUCAACCUCACGCCCGGCUUCUCGCUCGACUACGUGCGCUGGCUGGUCGUCGACGAGGCCGAUAAGCUCCUCGCGCAGAGCUUCCAGGGCUGGCUCGACGUCGUCAUGCCCAAACUGCGCACCGACGACAAGUUCAGCGCCCGCGACUUCCCCGAUUCCAACCUCUCCGGCGUGCGCAAGGUCGUCCUCAGCGCCACUCUCACCCGGGACCUGAGCCUGCUGAGCGGGCUGCAGCUCCGUCGGCCGCAGCUCAUCGUCCUCGAGGGCGACCAGGCCGACGGCACAGCACCCAUCGCCGAGCAUACCCUGCCGACCCUCCUCAAGGAAUCCGCCAUCAGGGUCCACGACGCGAACCUCAAGCCGCUCUACCUCAUCGACCUCCUCCUCGGCGGCCACCUCAUGUCCGAGACCGCUUCCAAGACGCUAUCCACGUCCGCCGCCCACAAGGACGGCUCAUCCUCCUCAUCCUCGGACAGCUCCUCAGAUGCCUCAUCCGAGAAGAGCUCCGAUUCCGACUCAGACUCAGACACGAGCUCAGACUCAGACACGAGCUCAGACUCAGACACGAGCUCAGACUCCGACUCCGACUCCGACUCGGACAGCUCAUCGGACGCCAGCUCAGAAGCCGCCGCCGGCACGUCCAAACCCAAAACCGCCCGCACUCUCUUCCAGACGACGGCCCUCAUCUUCACCAAGUCGAACGAGUCCGCCCUCCGCCUCUCCCGCCUCAUCUCCCUCCUGCACCCGUCCCUGGCGCCCUCCAUCGCGACCCUCACGUCGACCCAGAAGACCUCCGACCGUCGCCGCGCCCUCCGCGCCUUCGCCGGUCGCCGCCUGCGCCUGCUCGUCGCCUCGGACCUCGUCGCCCGCGGUAUCGAUCUGCCCCUCCUCGACAACGUCGUCAACUACGACCUGCCCGCCAGCGCCGCCGGCUACGUCCACCGCGUCGGCCGCACUGCCCGCGCCGGCCGCGCCGGUGCCGCAUGGACCCUCGUCGAGGACGGCGAGAGCGGCUGGUUCUGGGGCCGCAUCGCCAAGCCGAGCAGCGGCAUCCGCCGCGCCGUAAAGGUCGACCGCCUGCGCAUCGGCGACCCGGACACCGGCGGGUUCGGGGACGAUCGGGUGCGCGAGUACGAGGAGGCGCUCGAGAAGCUGGGCAAGGAGGCUGGCGAGGCGAGGAGGCACAGAUAG